AUGACCAAGCUGUGGUCAGUGAAUAAUUUCCUGAUGACGGGCCCCAAGGCCUAUCUUAUCUACUCCAGCAGUGUGGCUGCUGGGGCACAGAGUGGCAUUGAGGAGUGCAAAUUCCAGUUUGCCUGGGAUCGUUGGAACUGCCCCGAGCGGGCACUGCAGCUCUCCAGCCAUGGCGGGCUGCGCAGCGGUAAGGAAAGCAUUGGAUACCACUACCGGGACCCACUUGCUGCAGGUUAGAGCCCAGCAGCCCUUCCUCUCUUCCCAAGUGCCUCCUUUCUACCUGGGCUGUUCCUCUUCUGGGGCAGGCUGGGCUUCUCAUGCAUGGUAGGAGCCAUUCUUAACACCAGUCUUGCCAUGAAAUCUUUAACAUGUUUGCUCUCCUUGUGUUUCCGCUCGACAGCAAACCGAGAAACUGCCUUUGUCCAUGCCAUCAGCUCUGCAGGUGUCAUGUACACACUGACUCGGAACUGCAGCCUGGGGGAUUUUGACAACUGUGGCUGUGAUGACUCCCGCAAUGGGCAGCUUGGAGGGCAAGGCUGGCUGUGGGGAGGCUGCAGCGAUAACGUGGGCUUUGGGGAAGCCAUCUCCAAGCAGUUUGUGGAUGCCCUGGAGACUGGACAAGAUGCCAGAGCUGCUAUGAACCUGCACAACAAUGAGGCAGGAAGAAAGGCUGUCAAAGGGACCAUGAAGCGGACUUGCAAAUGCCAUGGCGUGUCAGGAAGUUGUACCACACAGACCUGCUGGCUGCAGCUGCCCGAGUUCCGCGAGGUGGGCACUUACCUCAAGGAGAGGUACCACAAGGCCUUGAAGGUGGACCUGCUGCAGGGGGUGGGGAACAGCGCUGCCAGCCGGGGGGCCAUUGCUGAGACCUUCAGCUCCAUCUCCAAGAAGGAGCUGGUCCAUUUAGAAGACUCUCCUGACUACUGCCUGGAGAACAAGACGCUGGGGCUGCUGGGCACAGAGGGCCGGGAGUGUCUGAAGAGAGGCAAGGCACUCAGCAAGUGGGAGAAGCGGAGCUGCCGGCGGCUGUGUGGGGACUGUGGGCUGGCCGUGGAGGAGAGACGGGCCGAGAUGGUGUCCAGCUGCAACUGCAAGUUCCACUGGUGCUGCGCUGUGCGGUGCGAGCAGUGCCGCAAACGGGUCACCAAAUACUUCUGUGUCCGCAAAGAGAAGCGGGAGCGGAGCGGGGGUGGCGGGGCCAGCCGCAAGCUCAAGAGGAAGCUCUAACUGCCUCCUGCUCCCCCGUGGUCCUGUCUGCCCCUCCUCUCUUCUUCUUCCACUUCCUACCUCCCCUGGCACCAUUUCCUUCUGGGUUAGUUUUAUCUAAUUUCCAAGCGAGGCCCCUUCACCCAACAUCACCUCACUGUGGGGCUUGGACAAGGCAGAAGAGCUUCUGCAAUCCCUCAGCCAUGCAGUGCACUUCCUGGUAGUGCAGUGGCUGAGGACUUCUGGGAAGGCACUUAAGCGUUAGCAUAACCAGGUGAGAUUUGGUCCCUCCAGCCCAGGGUCACUCUAUCCAGUGACUAUAGUUUUACAGCUGAAAAAGCAGCUGCCCUCUGUAGCUCCUGCUCUUUUCAGCUUGCCUGCUCCCCAGACAAGUACAGUUCACACUGCUCCAGUCCUUUCAGCAAGUAAGAUAAACGCUUAGGAAAGCACAAGGCAGCUUAAUGGCAUCACCAGACCACUCAGGGUGGCAGUCCCUAAAAAGAGGCUUCUCAUGCCAUAAAAAAAAUUGAAUCCCUCUAAGAAAAAUAGUGCUGUCUUUUAUUAAACCCUGCGCUAUGAGGAAGAUGUAUGCAACUGCUUCCUGCAGUGAGCCAGCUACCUGGGCAUCGUCUCCCAUCUGUUACAGCUUAAUUGAGCUCUUCAGUGCAGCAAGAUUCCAGCUCAUUAAAUAUAUAUACUAGGAAGGGAUCACGUCACUUGCUUUUUUUACAUGCUUAUUUUGAAUCUUCUAAGCCUUCAGUCCUGCCUCCUCUUCUCACCCCAGUGACCUCGACUGAUGGCAUACCAACACUCACACUUGUACAGUCCACCUUCCCUCCCCAGUCUCUCGCAGAGAGGAACUCGCAGCUGAGCCCAUUCCCCUCAUGGUGUACUUGCUGAGCACACCUGUCAGCUAACCAACCAUAUACUUCCUCCUACUCUGAGAAAAAGUCAGUUACUAUUUAAUGGUGUUGUAAAUAGGAAAGUGAAGCACUUUGAAGUUUAAUUUAUUGCACAGUUACUGUGAUGUAUACAUAACAGUUUUUCCUCUACAACUUACUGUAUAUAUUCUAUAGGCUAAGCAAGCAGCAGGAAGACUUAGUUGAUGCAUCUCUCUUCCCUUGCCGUGGCUGAGGCAGGGAGGGAGGAGGCUAUCAACUGCAGACACAAGGGAAGCUCACUGCACCCUCAGUGAUCUCCUUGGGGCUGUAAAUUUAUAUUCUACUUUGCUGUUUGAAGUAUCUCUAGACAUAUGAGAAGCCAGCAGAGUUAAGUGACUGGCCAUUAGACCUGUCUUGUAGCUAAUAUUUGUAAAGGAAUAGCCAAUGCAAUAAAUCAGUAGCCAAGUGCUUGCAAAAUUCUGUUGUGUCUGAUUAGCUGUGUGUUUUGUCCGUCCAAUUCCAUGUGUGGAUACGUGCAGCUACAGCUCUGGAGACUAUAACUGAGCCACUUGCUCAUCUGUUCAGCACAAAAAGAGCUGAUCAGUUCCCCCACCUCAGCCCCUACCACCAUAAGAGAGGGCCUGCUCUCUCCUGGAACAUAGCCGAGCCUAGAGGAAAAGGGGGCGGGAAGGAGGCAGAGGGGCCCAGUUGCCCAUUUCAGACACAUGGAAGACACUCAGCAGUCUGUAUGAAUCUCAGUUAUCGACUAUCCCCUUCAUCUCUGGGCUAUGUUGUUGGGGAUGGGCGUUCAGACCCAGGGCAACCUGAGGUCUCACCAGAGAAAGAGACUCCACAGCACGCACGAAUCUGGCAAAUUUCAAGAAACCAUCUCAACCCGUUCUCAGGGAAAGUUGAAACACUCCUGCUCCACACACAACCCCAGCUGCGUGCACGAAGGUUCCUGUUAACAUGUGGCCCACCGCCCUGUCCUCUGCUUCCCUGUGCUGGGGCUGCAUCCUGAGGCAGGAGGGCAAAGAGCCACAGAGGGCUUCCUGCCUGACAGAGCCGGCCCGGGGACAGCUGCAAGGCACAGGGCAGAGCUUCCACUCCUUGCUCUCUGUGCCCCCACUGUCACUGUGCCCCAUGCAGGCUGAGGACUAGGCUGGGAUGCACCCACUGGACACAGCGAUGCGGGAACGGCCCCCAUCCCCACAUUCCUGGAGCGAGGAGCACACAGGGAGCGCUGCAAGCAGGGCCCCACCAGCACGCAUCGCUUCCUGCAGGACAAAAUGGCGACGGCGCAGCUGCAAAAUGUGCUGACCUCAGCAGCGGGUCGGGGCCCGCAGAGGUCCCCCUCCCCAGCGAGAGCAGCCCUGAGCAGUAAAGGCACUGCGGCCAUUGUGCGGUGGGAUUGGAUGCUUCCAUGUAUUCAUUUCGGUUUAAUGAAGGCGCAUUCCUCAGAGGAGAAAUAUUUACAUUCAGCUUCCCAGGUGGUCACCUUCGCCCAGAUGACACACAAACAGGCACCCCCCGCUCCCUUUUCCAAUCCAAACCUCUUUAGAGGUCUCCAGGAGGAGGGGGGCUGCCGGGGAGCAGAACAGAAAAGGGAACAAAAUGCUAAUAAAUCAGCCAGCCGGCCCUUUUCCCCUCCCCUCUGCGGAGUCAAUGGAAAGUGUCAUUUCACAUGCUAAUCCCCCUCCGCUCUCUUCACAACACCUUUUCCGAAAAGUGUUUGGGAAAAGUCCUUGUGGCCCGCUUACAGCUCCCUGCCGCUUCAGAUUCCUUCUUGUCUAAGGCCGCGGCCCCCGUGUGGGUCUCUCCCUCCAGCAGGGCUCCAUACAAAAAAAAUCCCAACAAAGACUUUGGAGUUCAUCAGCCUCCCACUGAAAUUCACAGCUGCUGAACAAACUAAUCCCCUCUCUUGGCCUUUCUUCCUUUCAAUGGGUUCUUGGCUUCAAAGACACUUUGGGAAAGGACUUUGUAGGGACUCACACUGCUCCCUCAAUAGAAGUUAGUGCAAGCAUUAUCUUCAGAGCAAGUGGCUUUACAAACAAAUACUGCCUAACAAUCUCUGCCCCUGCAGCUCCCCCAAACACACACAAACCUAGCCCGCAGACAUGAUGUUAUCUGCAACAGGAUUAGAGUCCUGUUCUCCAUGCCCGGGGAUCCCUUCCUCCUGCCUCCCCAUUCUUUGUCAACCCCAAGACCUUCUCAUCACCCAACAGAAAUCGUUUUUUCCAUGCUGGGCCGCACAGGGAUGCUGCGGCAGCAUGUGUACGCAUGGGGGAAAGCAUGGCUGCACAGUGGUACCUGCCAUAGUGUUGCAACUGAAACAGUGCUUUCCAGUAGCACCUGUGAGGCAACAGAAAGCCCCAGGGCCACAGAGAUGGAGGUCUCCCACCAGCCUCCCCUCUGGUCACCUCACUGCCUGGUUUCCCUAACAAAUUUUAGAGAUGGAGCUCACCUGAAGGAGAACCGAGCAACAGUGGGACAGAGGGGACAAGAAAGGACUCACAGCAAAGGAAGGAUAAAGAGCCGGCCUCUGCAUGAACCCAUGAGCAGCAGGAGCAGUGCAUGCAGGAGGAAACUGAAGUCCAAUGCAUCCAAGAAACACACGGAAAAAAAAAAAUCCUUACUUCUUAGUGUUACAGGCAGCCCCACAAGAAGCAAAAGGGCUGGGCUGCACAGGUGCUACAGUAAAGUCCAGACUGGCAGAGUCUACCAACUACCAGGUUUGUUAAAUUACCGCAAAAUGCCUAAGAACAUUCCUUGUAUACUCACUAAGCAAAUGGAUGUCACUGGCUACCUGCUUGCUUGUUCAGCAAGAGAGGGGUCACAACGUAAGUGCAGUCCUUAAUCAUCAGCCUGCACCCCUCUGACAGGGGAGAGCUGGGAGGCAACACUGGCUGCUAACUGCUCCCACUUGGCUGCUGCACCUCUGCAAGUGUCCCUGACACUGGGAGCAGAAAUAACAAAGGCUGUUUUUCCCUGAAUGCAUGUACCGUCACUCUAAUACCCUAAGAGCCUCAUAAGCUCUGCUCCCUUCCCCGCAAUGGAUCUUCAAAUUUUUCCCAUCCAAUCUUUUUCAACUUUUACUACUUACAAGCCCUCCAGCCACAAGCUGUGUAAUACAGCCCUGAAUGUUUCGGUUUUCUGCCUCCUGAUGGCUGGCCUGUACAAGCAUACUAGCUAACCACCUAGCAGCAUAUAUACAGAUUACAUCAUUCUCUCCACUUUAUCUCAGUACUGCUGUUCCACUUCAGCCUUCUCACAUCCUUAAAAGAUUACCUGAAAUCAGCCAACAGAUUUAAAAGUUAUUAACUAAAGGCAGGGAUUGACAGUUCAGCAGCAUACAUUUGAUUUCUGCAAAUCAGGUCAGAUCAGCAUGCUAAUUUAAGCAUAACUGCUUCAGUGGCAUAACAGUGACUUCCAACAGGAGAGGAUCUCAUCAAGGGCUCUUUACUUACUGAUGCCUUUCCAACUCCUAAAGUGAAGUAUAAAAUCUCCAACACCACUGUGAAACUCUAGGGCAACUCCAGCCAUCUCACGGACCCUCCUGUGCUUGACACAGAUGGAUAGUCACAGCUGAGGACGGUCACUGAAGAACAAAUCUCUGGCCCUG